UCUACAUUUGGCUACAUUUAGGGAUUUCCCCCUAGUCCCUCACCAAAUUCUAUGCCAUAAGUUAAGAGGUCCUCUUUAGUCCGAGUCUUGUCUGUAGUGAUCAAUCCAGAAUGUCUGAAGAGAUGGUACAAGAUCCCUUCCCCUACUCUAGUCUGGUCCCCAAACGAGAGACUGGUGCUGAAAGGUUUCUGAGCAAGAACCCUGAACACGAUGGCCGUGGGGUGAUCAUUGCCAUCCUGGACACAGGGGUGGACCCUGGUGCCCCUGGGCUACAGGUGACGACUACGGGUGAGCGUAAGCUGGUUGAUCUUGUGGACACUACUGGUAGUGGUGAUGUGGACACCUCCACCAUCUGCAAGACUCGUAGUGAGAGGGGUAGAGUGAUUGAGGGACUAACGGGACGACAGUUGACCAUUCCUGACGAUUGGAACAACCCCUCUGGAGAGUGGCACGUUGGAAUCAAAGCUGCAUUUGAGCUGUUCCCUAGUGCACCAAAAUCUCGCAUUCAGUCGACUCACAUGAGGAAGGAAUGGGAGCCCAGACACUCUCCACUGAUUGCACAGGCUGUAGAAGAGCUGGCACAGUUUGACAAGAAACACCCAAACGCUUCAGAGAGGACAUUGGAAGAGAGACUGGAACGUGAGAACCUGCACAGUAAGGUGGACCUCCUCAACUCUCUCAAGAAGAACUGCACUCUGGGAGGACCAGUGUAUGACUGUGUGGUGUUCCAUGAUGGACGUUCGUACAGUGCCGUGGUGGACACCAGUCUGACGGGAGACCUGGGGUCGUGUACCCUGCUCAAGCCGUUCAAGGAGAGCGGACAGUUUACAACCUUCGGAAAACUUGACAAUCUGAACUAUUCUGUCAAUGUCUACGAUGAUGGGAAUAUCCUGUCCAUUGUCACCACUGGAGGUUCCCAUGGCACCCACGUGGCAUCAAUAGCAGCUGCCAACUUCCCUGAUAAACCGGAGCAGAAUGGAGUUGCUCCAGGAGCUCAGCUAAUCUCCAUCAAGAUAGGAGACACUCGACUGGCUACCAUGGAGACUGCCACCUCACUCAUUAGAGCCAGUAUCGAGGCCGUGAAGCAAAAGGUGGAUCUUAUCAACUUUAGCUAUGGAGAGUCUUCACAUUGGACCAACAAAGGUGCUGUCGUGGAGCGGUUCUCUGAGCUGUGUGACAAGUAUAACAUUGUGUUUGUGUCCAGUGCUGGUAACAAUGGCCCCGCCCUUUCUACGGUCGGCUGUCCCGGUGGGAACACCUCCUCUAUCAUAGGAGUUGGUGCAUUUGUGUCUCCGGACAUGAUGGAGGGAGAGUACUCUCUUACUAACCGCAAGCCCGGACAGCCGUACACCUGGUCGUCAAGGGGACCAGCGACGGAUGGUGAUCUGGGUGUGUCCAUCACAGCUCCGGGUGGGGCAGUGACCUCUGUACCCACAUGGACCCACCAGAGCCGUCAACUAAUGAACGGAACUUCAAUGUCUUCUCCCAAUGCCUGUGGCUGUGUCGCUUUGAUGUUGUCAGCUCUCAAGUCUCAAGAUAUUCCUUACUAUCCAGCGUCCAUCAAACGAGCCCUCGAGAGCAGUGCCACGCCCCUUGGAGCACACCCCCCUUUCUCAAUAGGACACGGAGUCAUACAGAUUGACAAGGCAUACGAGCAGUACCUGGACAGCCAGUCCUCUUCAUCUCUUAACGUUUCUUUCCGGGUGACAGUCCCUCGUCUGAAGCAUGCCAGAGGAAUCUACCUUCGAGAGCCCUACUCUCUAGACAAGACCUCCAGAAUCUCUGUUACCGUGGAGGCAAAGUUCCACGAAGAUGCAGUUGCUGCCGAGAAGCUUGGAUUUGAGAUGGAGAUGUGCCUGGUGAGCAGUCAGCCGUGGGUCAAGUGCCCCAAGCACCUCUGCAUGUGGCCUGGAGCUCGUCAGUUUGUUGUGGAGGUUGAGACAAGGGGACUAGAGCCGGGAGCACACUUUGCUGAGGUGUGUGGUUACGAUGUUUCUGGGGAGACAAGGGCUGCUCUGUUUAGAGUUCCUGUUACUGUGCUCAUUCCUGUCAAAUUGACAGAUGCUAAAAAUUCGCUGUACAAGAGCGGUGCCAUUGAUCUGAGCAAAGGGAUAGUACAGCGUCUCUUCUUCCACACCCCCAGUGAUGCCACAUGGGCAGAGCUUGAGCUCACCAACCUCUCUGAGGAGUGUCGAGGACGUGUGACUAUCCACACAAUACAGCUGCUCCCCCAGAGGGCGUUCCGUACCAAUGAGUCUCAUGAAACCAUGUCCCUCGACCCUGGGGCAAAGUCAGAAGCUGUUUUUUCUAUUGCCGGUGGACGAACACUGGAGGUGUGCCUGACCCAGUACUGGUCUGAUGUGAAGGAGAUCUCCGUGUCCCUAUCUCUCUCCUUCCACUGCCUCAAGCCAAGUUCCCCCGCUCUCACAUUUUACGGAGGUAAGAUGUGGACCAGCUUCGACAUUGUGAACGAGUUAGGAGAUGAAGAGUUGAAUCCAGAAUUCAAACUCACUCAUCACGUGAUCUCCAAAAAGCCGACUGAGCACCAGAUUCUGCCCCUUAAAUCUCGCGAUGUUUUUGCCAGUGGUGCUCAGAUCUACGAACUGAUCCUCACUUAUCCCUUCUCAGUGAGUCGUUCAACUGAUGUACAUCCUGACGCCCACCUCCUCAGUGACAUGCUCUACGAGAACCCUUGUGGAGGACAGCUGUGGAUGUUGUACAACAGUCACAAGCAGCUGCUUGCCACUGGGGACGCUUACCCAGGACAGUAUUCUGUCAAGCUGGAGAAGGGAGAGUAUACCCUCAGGCUACAGGUUCGCCACGAGGACCAGUCCAAGCUGGAGCAGCUCAAAGACAUGGUAGUGCUAUUGGAGUUCAAACUGUCAUCCUCUCUCAGUCUGGAAUGUGGCAGUCGUCGUGUUGACUCUCUCUCAUCUGGGGGAAAGUACCCCUCCAAAGUACUGACAGCUGGCACAAGAGCUCCCGUCUUUGUCAGCUGUGUCUCUGACGACAAGAUUACCAAGCAAGGAGUGUCUCCUGGAGACCUGCUCACUGGCAGCUUCACUCUCAGCAAGAAAGGCGCAGUCAAGGCCAAGGUGUCGUAUCCACUGGAGUACAUUGUGGGUCCCAAGUCCUCUAAAUCGGCCAACAAGGGAGGGAGUGGUUCGAGCAAGAAGGGCGGGGCAAGCAUAAAAAGUGACAGCAGCCUGGGUAGUGUCAGUGGCACACCUGACCCGGAUUAUGCUCAGGCCUUAAAGGACCUCAAGCUUCAGUGGCUCAGCUCUGGUGCACUGUCUGCGGGUGAUCUGGAGGCAGAUUAUGGGAAUGACGUUGACUUCCUCAUUGCCAAGCUCAAGUUGGCUGCCAACAACCAGAGUGUUGAGUAUAGGAGUGUGGAGAAGCUGGCUUCAGAAAUUAUGGAGAAGUUUGAUAUGGUUAAAAUCUUGGCUCACUCCGGAGCUAAGGCUGACUUAGGUGUGGAGGCAUCUUCCAAAGCUAGCAAAGUUGAGAAAGAAAAGAGCAAACUUGUGGACUGCCUACUGUUUGAGGCAAUCAUCUUGUGUCGAGACGAGAGUGCAGCUGCUCACCCACGCAUUGCUGAGAUCUAUGUGGACCUACACAAGCUACUUGAUGCAAAAGAUUCUAAGCUGAGAACAUUCCGGAAGAGAUAUGCCGAGCUGCGUGGUCAUUUUGGGACAGCUGCCAAGAUCCAGGAGGAUGAGAUUGGGGAGAAGGGGAGCAAGGCAGCCGAGCAGGAACUAAUCAAGUACAUACGCAAGCUUGGCUGGGGUCACUGUGCUGACCUGAAGGAGCAGUGGUUGCCGAGGAAAUAUCCUGACAACUAUCAAUUGUUUUAGUCCUGACUAUUUAUUACAUGCAUGGAACUACCUAGUUAGUUAGUGACUAAUCUUAGUUGCAUUCUGUUAGUGUGAUACCUAUUUUAUCGCUUUUACUAGGCAAAUGGUUUUACAACACUUUAUUUGGGGGAUUUCCCUCAUCAUG